AUGGCUUCUCCUGAUGAGCCCCGCGUCCGGCAGUUUUGUCAGGAGUUGGCGGCUGCAGGCGUCGCACGCAAAGAUGCCCUUGAGGCCGUGGCUGCAGCGUGGCCUACAGCAUCGGAUGCGGACGCUCGACGUUCUGUGUGCAUUCAAGUCCAUGGACAAGUUUUUGAGGUGGUGCAUGAAGAACGCGUGAAGGAGAGGUCUGACUAUUUCCGAACCUUGCUGGACGGGCCUUUUCGUGAAUCCCAUAUGUGUGUUCUCGAUGUCUCUGAGCUUUUGCAAGCUGUCCAGAAAGUCAGCGACGCAGGUGCAAAUGAGGAUUGGGCCACAGGCGUCAAGCUUUUCCUAGAUGUGGCAGAAGCUUCUGAGGCCGUGGCGGCACGAGCCCUCUUGCAAAACUCAGCGGAUGUGUGCAUGUGUCUGCGGCUCCUCUUGCUGACCGAUUGUUUUGUGGCCCCCUCCAUUGCACAGCUUUGCUUGGAUGAGGCUUGUCAGAACAGGCAACAUCAGCUGUUGCACGACUCCGCACCUGAGCGUGAGGCCUUGAUUUGCGCGGUGCCUUGGGAGCUCAUGGAACGGCUUUUAGCUGGCAUGCCGAGCAUGAAGCAGAUCCUGAACUUGGCGGGAGUUUGGUCUCGCCCUGCGCCUGAAGCGCAAUUUCAGCUGCGGGCCUUUCUUGCGUCCAGGUGCGCAGGCCAUGCUGAUGAGCUGGACUGGGAGAGAGACUGGCUGCCUUUGUGCAAAGAACAUCCGCACUUGCUUGGCAGCCUCCCGCAGACGCGUGUAGCCUUUGAGCAGAUACAAGAGUUUUUGGCGGGACUCCCGACCAUGGUCGAGCACAUGCUCGACCGCAACCUCCCGGGGAUUGCUGACUCCCAUCUCGGACAUUACAAGGCAGGCACUGGGGCUGGGUGGUCAUGUUGCGAUGAAGUCAAGAAGCGGUCGUAUGGUUGCUCUCUUGAAGUCAAGCGUGGGCCCUGGGCACUGCCGAGCCUGCCUGUCAGCUGCCCUGAGGGCCUCUACAGGAGUCUUCAAGAGAAAAUUGAAGCAAAGAUGCAAGCACUGGCAGAUGCUUUGGAAUCAGAACUUAAGACAUUCCAUGCGCGCAAGAGACAAAACGGCAACACCAUGGGUGCAGAGGCACUGUCGAGGACAGAGCAGGAGUCCUUUACAUGCCUGUAA